AUGGCAGCUGCCUCUGCCCUCGCUGCAACGGCUGUCUUGGCUGUCGCCUGGUGCACGCGAUCAGCCUUGGUUGCAUGCGAUGACCUUGCACAGCCAGCGCCCUCGAAGACUCAAGCGCAGUCAGACUCGCCAUCUCUCCCCUCCAUCUCACACCUCAAUCCCUCGCUCAUCGACGAUGUCAACGCGCCCAUGCGCUAUCGCAUGGAAACCUACAUCAAGCUCCUCCAACACCGCAUCGUGACUGCCUUGCAGAAGACGGAGCCAGGAACCAAGUUCAUCGUCGACCAAUGGCAGCGCAAAGAGGGAGGCGAAGGCAUCUCCUGCAUCGUUCAAGACGGACAAACAUUUGAAAAAGCAGGCUGCAACAUCAGCGUUGUCCACGGAAAACUACCCUUGGGCGCCAUCAAACAGAUGAACUCCGGCCGAAUCAAUGCCCGAUUGGACUAUCGCUUUGAAGGACCAGACGCAGAGAUCGACUCGAUGCCCUUUGUGGCCUUGGGACUCAGCCUCGUAGUACACCCAGUCAACCCUUUUGCACCCACAGUCCACUUCAAUUACCGCUACUUUGAGAUCUCCCACCCACCCACACUAAAGGACGGCUCGCCCAAUCCUCGCUAUGAUCCAGCAAACCCAACACAGCCAGCAGCCUGGUGGUUCGGCGGCGGGACGGACUUGACUCCCAUCUACCUCUUCGAGGAGGACGCCAAACAUUUCCACGCCACGCUGAGGGACGCAGCAGCGCAGCAUGACUCGGCCUUUUAUCCUGCCUGGAAGAGGUGGUGCGACGAGUACUUUUGGUUGCCCCACAGGAGCGAAAAUCGAGGGGUCGGAGGAGUCUUUUUUGAUGACUUGACAGUGCCAGGGACGUGGGGUCAGGCCGAGGGGAAGAGGAGAGAAAAGAAGGAGUUCUUGGCGCUCUUGGAGACGAAGCAGCAGUCAGGCCCAGCAGCAGCAGCCAGUGGUGGCGCAGGUCUCGCACCUGCCAUCGCUUCCUCCUCACGCCAGCACGACGUUGAAUCCCUCUUUAGAACCGUCCGAAGCAUGGGGGACUCCUUCCUGCCCUCGUACCUGCCCAUUCUGGAGCGUCGUCGACAAACGCCCUACGACGCCCGUCACAUUGCCUGGCAAGGCAUUCGUCGAGGCAGGUACGUCGAGUUCAACCUUGCAUACGAUCGUGGAACGAAAUUUGGCUUGGCCACACCCGGGGCGAGGAUUGAAAGUAUUCUGAUGAGCCUGCCCCUCAAGGCUAGGUGGGAGUAUAUGCAUCCGGUCUCGGGGUCGGGCGCGAUUGGAAGAGGUGGGGCCACUGCGCCUGGAGAGCACAGCGGGGAUAUGGCGGAUAGUGAGGAGGAGAAGAUGCAGCAGGUGUUGAGGAGCCCAAGAGAAUGGGUCUGA